AUGUCGAACUACAUCCGACAGCCGCACGACGUUCGAAGUCUCGACGCGGAGACGUUGGCGGAGCACGUGUCUCGCGCCCCUCGGCCUACAGUGUUGGAGUCUGCGUUGCGUUCGGACGUGCCGAAUGGUGUGAAAAUCGUGGUGGGUCCAGUGAUCGGUUUUGUGACACAAACAACGGCUCGCAUAUGGGUGAUGUUGAGCAAGGAGGGUUCGGUGUCGGUUCGUUUGAUUCCUUCGAAGCUUUUGGACCGUGACCCGUCUAAUUUAAUCGACCAAAUUCCGUCGAAUUUGGUUCUGACCAACUGGUUGAGCCUGGAGUGUGUGGACAAAUGCUGCCCGGUCGUAUUCGACUUCACUGACCUGUUACCGAAUACGCGGUACAGCGUCGAAUGUUCACUACCGAUCGUUGGUCCCGCGAUCGCCUCACGGUUCAAGACGGCUCGUGCGGAAGACGACCGGUUCCAGGAAGCACCUAUGGUCGUAGGUUUCACCAACGGCUGUCCUAUGACCGAACGCAUGUUGAGACCGCCUGAGCACGUGGACUGGCGGGACAAGGUCACCGGACCGCGCAUUAUCUCCAACAUGUCUUGGUACACGAUGCAAAACAUGGCGCUGGACCGAGAGUUGGAUAUGUUGGUGCACACGGGCAACUUCCUGGACACCAUGCGCCACGACCCAGUACAUUUUGACGCCAGACUCAAGGCAGUCAUGGGCGCUGGCUACAAGAGCCAGGGUCUACAACCGACCAUGUGGGACCUGGCCAAAGCCAUUUACUCUUCGCGUGCCGCAGACCAGGCCUUCCGGCACAUCGAGGAGGAGUGUGUCCUGUACUGGCAGCGGCUUUUCAACGAACCACUUGUCAAGAACACCCUCGCAAAUGUACCAAGUCUGUACUUCUUCAACGAGACGGAGAUCGGCAAAAUGACCGUAUCCAGUUUCCUCCAACACAACGGAGAAGGCAAUGGCUUCACACUGGAUCCUCGAAAAAUCGACGACAUCAGUAGCAUCUUCCUGAUUGUCGCCAAACGUUUCGUUGAAGCCUUCAAUGGAACUCCCGAGUCACUCCACUGCGCAGGCUGCUUCAAGGUCGGUCCCGUCGGCAUCGCACACAUCGACCUUAAAGUCUGGCCCUUCCUGUCAAACCGGCGUGAGACAAUGAUUGGAGAUGGCGGAGCCGUGGACAAGCUGUUGCUUUCGAAGGCCCUCACCUCGCAGGGCUUCUUCGAGUCAAGUUCCAUGCUCCUGGUUAUCGUUCAGGAACCCCUGAGUUUCAACGGAAACGUCUGGGGCUUAAAUCGGAGCGCGCGUACGACACUGCUCAACGAACUGUUGUGCUGGCGAGACGCGAAGAACGUGGGUGAGCGCGAGGUGUUGCUGGUGGCCGGUACGGCCUCCACGGCUACGCAAGCUGGACUUAACGAUAUCGUCCUUACGCGCUAUGCCUCCCCCGUCUCAGCCUUCGUCCGUUCCUUCACGGACAAACGCCUGGAACUGGACGACGAGUCUCUGGACCGACAAGAAGAGGCGAGCAGACGGUCGCGCAGACCGCUGACUUACCGGCCCGAGCUGCUGGAGGCCCCCAUGCGGCCGGGCUUUAUGAACUUGCUCGUGGGCAGUGAGACCACCUGGUUCGACCUGCCGCACAAAUUCCUACCGCGGAAUCGGGUGCGCGAAUUGGUCGUGCCCUUCGUUAACAAGACCACUCAUAAUGCUAGCACCGCGCCGAGCCAGAGCUGGACGGACAAUGACGUGCGCGUCUACAACUACAACACGGCCGGCGCCGAGGGCUUCGCGACCGUGGUCUGCGACGCGGAAAUCACCAAGUACUCACCGGGCAUCCACCUGCUCACACCCUCGCGACCUAUUACCAAGGACCGCAGAGGAAAUGUCGGGUCCUCAGACGAAGCGAACGAGGAUCUGCAGGCCGAAGAUCUACGGGGCGAAGAUCUGCGCAGCGACGGACAACGGAGCGAGGACCUACGGGACGGCAGUAAACCCAGCCAGACGGAUUGCGUUAAGUUCUGGACGCGUCUAUUCCUGUGUCCGGAACCGGCAAACCGUGUGCCGCGGCGAUUGGCAGAAAAACAGCGCGCUGUGCCGAGCCACGAGUUCCACGUGGGUUUCGAGAACUUCGCGACCAACGACAACGUCUGGUUCCCGCUUCCCGACGAUGAACCAGAACGCGUCUACAACCGACUGCCACCGACGGCUCUGACCUCAGGCGUCUUCCAGGCCUACCGCGAAGCACGCCUGAAAAAUGUCAUCCUGCGUCUCUUCCGCUACCAACAUCGGGUCCCGCCCUCUUCAACCCCUCCUCCCUUAUUCCUGGCGAUGGCCGUGCUGUGGACGAAGCCAGCGCCGCGCCCGUUGAACCCAAUUUGA